CAAAGUACAUCAUUUAACACACACUUAAGGUGAGUAAAUGUUUUUAACAGUUUUCAUUUGGGCGUGUGGCAGUGGAAGCAGAACAGCUAGCAUCUUUAUGAGAUACAACACUAGCCCAGCUGAUGGUAUAAAAGUCCUGAGCAGUAGCUGAGAAAUCAGUCUCGUCUGAGUACUCGCAAACAACGAGGGAGAAGAGCUUCAACGAACCCAUCAUGGGGGACUCAAAGCUCUGCCUUUUGCUGCUCCUUAGCACAUCUGCCUUGGCUUUUGCCCAAGACGAUGACCAAUCCACCUGCCCACUGGCCAAAAGGUACAAGACCCUGCACAAGUAUGAAUACCUGUAUGAAGCUGAAUCUCUGAAUGCCAUUAACGGAGCCUCAUCGCUCAAGAAUGGACCCAAGGGCUCUUGCAAGGUUGAAAUUGAAGUUCCGCAGACUUGUAGUUUCAUCAUCCGCACCACUGGCUGUAGCCUGAGUGAGGUGGUCGACAUGGACGCAGAUGGCAACACUGUGUUCGGUCCUUCACCCAGCUCUGAUGCCUUUGCCGUGGAAAUGGAGAAAUAUCCUCUGAAGGUUGAGGUUGACAGCAUGUACAACGUGAAACUGUACCCUGAAGAGGGUGAGACAACAACCAUCUUGAACAUCAAGAGAGGUAUCGUCUCCGCCCUGGCUGUGCCUCUGAUGGAAGAAGACAAGAUCAAGAACAUGCCCACCAUCCACGGCAAGUGCAAGACCUCUUACACCGUCAACGCUAGAGAGGACAUCGCAACUGACAUCAGCCUCAACAGGGAUCUGUCCAGAUGUGACAAAUUCAACCCCAUCAGAGAUAACACCAGCCCCCUGGCACUCAUCUCUGGCAUGCACUACCCUCUUGCCCAGCUGGUCAGAAGCUCACAGGAAUGCAACUACAAGUUCGACAAUGAGAACAAGCACAUGACCUCCGGAUCCUGCACUGAGAAACACAUCCUCAUUCCCUUCUCUCACAAGGGAGAAUACGGAGUCACCAAUGUCGGAAAGCAAGAACUGACCCUGGUUCAGGUUUCUCCUCACAAUGACCGAGUCUUUGACCACAGUGAGACUUUCACGGGUCUUCACAUGGAGGCUGUUGAGGACAAGAGUGUUGUUCAGGAUAAAGAUGCAGGUCUGAACCUCCUGAGAGAACUGGCCACUCUGCCCGAGACCGAGGGUGAGAGGAGGGCCCACCUCUUCCACAAGCUUGUCACCAUGGUCCGUGGAAUGAAGGUUGAGACCCUGAGUCCCGCCAUUCCCGAGGCUCUCGCCGUGUCCCGUGUCCUGACCUACCAGGUUCUGGCCCAGUGUGGAACCCCUGAGUGCAGCAGUGCCAUCAUGCAGAUCCUCAGGACUUUUGACAGCUCCGCACUUGAGGUUGAUGCCGGUGUUUUUGCUAUGGGACUGGUGUCCAAUCCCUCUGCCCUUCUGAUCAAUGACAUGCUUGAGAUGGCCAAAUACAAGCCCAGCAAGGCCAUCAUGUUUGCCCUGAGCAAUGUUGUCAAGAGGUUUUACAAAGCUGAAGGAAAACUGAUCCCUGAGAUUUACUCUGUGGCUGAGUUCAUGGGUAGCCAGUUGGGUGACUGUUCUGGUGACAAGGACAACACUUUCAUGACACUGAGGGUUAUUGGAAACAUGGCUCCAGCUCUUGGAGCUGCCAGUCCUGCACUCAGAGCCGCUGUGAUCCAGUGUGUGAACCAACCUGCAGCUUCCCCAGCUGUGCAGCAGGCUGCCAUUCAAGUGUACAGACUGACUCCCGUCCCUGAGGAGGGCAGAGAAGUUCUCAUGCAGGUGCUCCUGGACGGUGCCAGCCCCAUGCAAAAGCGUAUUGCUGCAUACCUGGUGCUUAUGAAGGACCCUCAGCCCACUGAACUGUCCCAGCUGGCUAAUGCCUUGCCCAAUGAGCAGGACACACAAGUCAAGAGCUUUGUGAUCUCCCACAUUACCAACAUUCUCUCAUCCUCUGAGUCAGAGACCCAAGAACUGAGACAGAAGAUUCGCGAUGCCCUGCAGGGUAAUGAGGUCGGACCCAUCAUGGACCCCACCAAGUUCUCUCGCAACUACAGGAUCGGAUCUGUUGAGGGCAACAUGAUCUUUGAGGGUACCAGCUUCCUGCCCAAGGAGGUCAUGCUUGAAAUGACUCUGAAGGCAUUUGGCUAUGACAUUGACAUGAUGGAGAUUGGUAUGGAGGGUAAAGGAUUUGAGCCAACUGUUGAAGCCCUGUUUGGAAAGAAUGGAUUCUUCCCCGACACCGCCCUGAAGACAAUGUACUUUGUCUCUGACAACAUGCCACUGAAACUCAAUGAGAUCCUGCAGAACAUGCUGCCUGCCCUGAAGAGAGACAGAAUGAAGAGACAGGCUUCCCAGAACCUGAUGAGGGACAUUGGACGUAACCUCAACAAACUUGUGAGGGAACUGAAGACAGCAGAAUCUCCUGAGGCAAUGGUUUAUCUGAGACUUUUGGGAAAUGAGCUGGGAUAUCUGAGGACCAACGAAAUGGAGGAGAUGGCCUACUCUGCUGCCAUGAUGAUUGACAGCAUGUUCAAGAUGUUCCCAACUGAUAUAAUGAAGGCACUGAUGACCAAGGCUGACAACACAAUCUUUGCCCACUACAUCUUCAUGGAUAAUGAAUUCUUCCUGCCCACUAUCACUGGUGUGCCUCUGAGGAUUGCACUGUCUGGUACUUUCACUCCUGGCAUCAAGGGAGGACUUAAGAUUGCUCCUGACAUGAGCGAAGUUAACUUCAUGCCCUCUGCUGGCAUUGAGUUUGUAACUCAGGUUGGCUCCCACAUGCCUGAAUAUGUCAGCUCUGGAUUAGAGAUGCACACCAACAUUUUCCACGAAAGUGGGCUCAGUGCCAAGAUCUCCUUCGAACGUGACAAUGUCAAGUUGACCAUCCCUGCUCCAAUGAGUCCUACAAAGCUCAUCAAAAUGACAAACACCCUGGUGGCAGUGACUGGAUCAGAGGUGAAAACCAUCCCCCCUAUGGUGACAGAUAAGGUUGAUGUUAGUGAGUGCACUCCCGUCUUCGCUGGAAUGAAAUACUGCACUGCUCUGCAGUACAUUGAUGCUUUCUCUCAGGAGACAGCCCCCUACUUCCCCUUCACCGGAGACAGCAAAUUUGCCGUGGAACUCCACCCCACUGGUGAAGUCACUGAGUACACAGCUACUGUUGCCUACGAGCUCCUCAGGGAAGGAGAAGAGGGCCGGCAGAAGGUUGACUCUGUGAAGUUCAUUCUGAGGGCUGAAGGUGCAGAGCCUACUGAAGCCAGAGCCAUCAUGAAAUACAACAGAAGGAGGAACGUCAUCACCGCUGACAUCCAGAUCCCCGACUACGAUGUUGAGGCUGGACUGAGACUGGGCGUUGUUGAUGGAAACACCAAGGGCAAGGGAACUCACUCCAUCUCUCUUGACUUUAUUAACAAGAACAUCCCUCAGCUCUCCCUGGUUGGCCGUGCCAAUCUGAAGGCCAUGAAGGAAGGUAUGCUGCAGGUCCAACUUCUUGUCCCCUCAAUCAGUGCUGAUGCCACUGUCACAGCUAACAUGAAGCGUGAUGAAGAGCUGGAACUGGAGCUUACGAGUGACAUCAAGGUCAUGGCCGCCACCUCUGAGCAGAAAAUCUCAAUGAAAUAUGAUGCCAGCAAGUUUGAAGUUGAGCUCAAGUCUGAUGUGAACACUGAGACCACCAGUUGGCCAUAUUCCGAUAUGGUUGAUAAGUAUGGCAACGACCUUCUUGACAUGCAGGUUGGGCAGACCGACAUGAAGGUCCGUCACAUCUUCCAGAAGUUUGUGGAGGCAGCAAACAACUACAUGGAAAAAUAUGGUGCUGAUAUCCCUUACAUCCAGAACUUCAGAGUACCUGAAAUGCCAGAGAUUUCCAUGCCAGAGAAACUUUUCCUGAAUACUGAAGCAAAGGCUAUCUACCACUUCAACAAUGAGCGCCUCACCAUUGCUAUCCCUCUCCCUCUUGGAGGAAAGUCCACAGAAGAGCUCAACUUCCCACCAGCUUUGACCACACCCAGCGUGUCUCUCCCCAACUUUGGACUGGAGAUUGUCUCCAUGGAGAUUCCCAUUCCAGAGCUUGUUGUUCCUGAGAGCCUUUCUUUGUCUAUUCCUCUUUUUGGCAAAGCUGAAGUUUCAACUCUCAUGAAGAGUAACCUAUAUGACAUGGAGGCCUCAAUGGCUGCUGGCAAAGAUGUUGUGGAGACACCAAGCUACUCAGCUAAGUUUGACGUGAAAGGAACCUCCCCAAUUGACAUCCUCUCCGUAAAGAUUGAAGGCUCUGGAAUGUUGGCCACCACUGAUUCCAUCAAGGCCAAUUUGAAAAGCUCUUUGGCCCAUAAAUUCAUUGAAGCCAGUAUUAACAUUGUCGAAGAAGCAACAAUGACAGACAAAGUCAACUUGAAAUCAAGCAGCAAGAUUGAAGCCACCAGUCCAUUUGGUCUCAACAUUGCACUCGAGCACACUGGUAUGACUGGAAUCAACACUGAAGAAUUCUCUGCUGACAGCAACUUUGAGGGAAUGUUCAAGGCUGGACCCAUGUAUGGCAAGACCAUUUCUACCCAGUCAUUCGCCAUCUUCCCCUUCACGCCAGAGGCAAAGAUUGAUUCAUCUGUUCAGAUUGACUCCACCAUUGUUAAGGCCCAGAACACAAUUGCAGCAAGCCUUGCCAAUGGUGAAUUCUCUGUUGUGUCUAACACCAAUGCCUUUGAAGACACCUUUACCAAUGUUGCUGAGCUUUCCUUCAAAGACAGCAAACUGUCAUUGAAAUCUGAUGCAAAUGCUCUUGCUCUUGGUAUGAAGAUCCGCAACCAGGCUGAAGCUUCUGCUGGUGCUGGAGAAGUUGUCAUGAGAAUGGAGACAAAUGCAGAUUGUUCUGAUAAUCGUGUUUACUCUCUGCUGACUGCCUCUCUUGAUGUCAAUGGUCUGACUGUAAACAGUGAUGCCACCAUGAAGCUCUUUGAAAAUGAGGCUACACACAAGGCUGCACUGAGAAUGAACAAAGAUGGUGUGACCACCACUGGAACAACCACCCUCCAGAGCCCCCUGGCCCUUGAAAACACCUUCAAUGCUGGGCUUGAUGCUUCAAGAGCAACUCUAUCCAUUACCAAUAAGGCUGCAAUGAGUGACAUCAAAGUUGAUAAUGCCAACACCCUGACCAUUACUCUCUCUAGCCUUGACUUCAACUCAAAGGCUGAAGCCAUCGCAAGUGAGUAUGCCUCUUACUCUCAUGAUAUCACCGUUGAUCUGAAACCCUACACUGCUUCGGCAAAUGUUAUUAACAACCUGAAACUUCUGGAGGCCAUCUUCAUUAAUGAGGCUCAGUUGAAGGCAGAGCUGUACAAGAUUGACCUGACAGGCAACCUGAAAGCUACCUAUGGUGAGGAAGAGAUCAAGCACACCUAUCAGGUAAAUUAUGCUGAUAUGACUGCUAACGCAAAGUGCAGCACCACUGGAAAAGUCUUUGGAACUCACAUGAGCCACAACACCGAGCUUGAAGUUGUUGGUCUUGCUGCCAGGUUCACCAAUGAUGCCCGCUUCAACUCACAGCCAAUGCGCUUUGACCACACCAUCCGUAGCAGCAUUGUGCCUUUUGAUUUCAACUUUGAUGCUAUUUUCAAUGCUGAUGGAGACAUGACCAUGUAUGGAAAGCACAGUGCCCAGCUCUAUGGCAAGUUCCUCCUGAGAGCACAACCCCUGGCUUUUGCUAGCUCACAUGAAUGCAGGGCUUCAGUAACACAACAGUUAGAUAACGGGUUUUCCCUUGAGACCACAUUUGACACCAAUAUGGAUAAUGUUCUGUCACUCACAGAGCAGAAGACCAGUUUUAGAAUGAAGUCUAAGAUGAAUGAGCAUGGAGUCAAUCAGGAGAUGAGUGUUUACAAUACUCCUGAGAGAAUGGGAAUGGAACUUUCUGGCACAAUCCUCACAAACAUCCUCAACUCAGACUCCACAGAAAACCAGGAAUUUGCCCUCUCUGGCUUCAUUAAGUACGACAAGAACACAGAGAGUCAGAUAAUUCAGUUGCCUCUGAUUGAAAGUCUGCCUGUCUUCUUGGAAAGCUUUAAGGGCUUUGUUGUGCGUAUUGCUGAGACACUGCAAGAUUACAUCAACAAUGAAGAGAUGAGGGCCAAACUUGAGGCUCUUCCUCAGCAUUUGAGUGACUUUGUCUCUCAACUUAAUGUAGAAGACAAACUAAUUCAGCUGAAGCAGUUUUUCAAUGACUUUACUCAAGAUUACGUCAUCACCAUGGAAGAUGUAGAGGCCUCUUUGUCGAACCUGAAGGUUACAGUAGAGAAACUGCUGGCUGAUCUCAGCGUCUACAUUCAAAACUUUGCAGGUAUGAUUAAGGAGAUAAUUGUUAGCAACAACCUGCCCGAAGCCCUUAUUCAGAAGAUUCAGGAGCAGCUGAAUGCCAUUACUGAAGAGUUUGACAUCAAGGCUAUGAUUGUGUCUGUGAUUGAUAGCAUGAGGGAGAUGAUCCAGCAGAUUGAUCUGGAAAGACUGCAGGGAAGUAGCAUUGCAUUCCUGCGGGAUAUUGAUGCCAAGUAUGAAAUCAUGGAUACCCUACAGAGAACUAUGAGUGUUGUGAAAGAAAGGAUUGAGACAUUUGACAUGCAGACAUUUGUCGAGGAGCUGAAGCGAUUCAUCUCAUCUAUCAACCUUAGACGUCCCAUUGAUGCACUAGUGAGGUUCAUGCCCACAGAGAUUUUCAGCAAUAUGGUGGAAUAUGUUAGGGAAAUGAUUCAGGACCUUGACAUUGUAGGCAAGAUCAACACAUUCUAUGCUAAGAUGAGAGAGCUGAUUGUAAAGUAUGAGGCUGACAAAAAGGUUCAAGCUAUCUUGGAAGGUGCUGUAGAGCUCAUCAAGCAAAUCAGAAUUGAGGACACCAUCAGGAACAUGGCCAAGAUUGUGAGUGAUGCAGACAUUCCAACCAAAUUCAUGCAAGUCUUCCAGAAUGCUAUCAACUACUUGAAAACAACUGAGGUUAAGGAUAUAAUUGAAGGGCUGAAUAUGUAUCUUGAAACGCUCGUGACUAAGCUGAAGUCAUUGGAAUACAAUGACUUUGUGGAUGUUGCUAAUCAAUAUAUUGCUGAGUACACAGCUUAUGUGAAUGAGCUGAUCAGGAGUCUUGAAAUCCCCCAGAAGUUUGAGGCAACAAGAGAUUUUGUCAAUGUUGUUUUAUCCUCUGGUAGAGCUUUUAUGGAACGCCUGAGAGAAAUCAAGGUUGCAGAAAUUAUUAAAUCUACAAAGGAUAUCGUUGACACACUUGUGUUUGAUAACCUUAAGUCAUUUGCUGACUAUAUAAAACAAGAACUCACAAACCUUGAUGUCAAUGCUCAGAUUCAGCCCUUGCUGAAAUUUGUCCGUAAUUUAUACAGAACAGCCAUAGACAUCACCAAAUUUUGGUUCAACUUAGUGGUUGACAAUGUUAAAGAAGUGGUCACUGAUCAGAAAAUCAUCAGCGAGAUUGAGCAAAUCAUUAACAGCCUCAUUUCUGAAUUGGAGAAAGCUGAGUUAAACAUGCCAUCUUUCACCAUUCCUUUCACUGAUCUCGUUGUGCCCUCAAUGGAGUUCAGCAUGGCUAAGCUUCGUCAGUUCGAAAUCCCAACACAGCUGGACAUCCCUGAGUUCACCAUCCUGGGCUCCUACACUGUGAAAGCCAUCACAAUUUCCCUUGAUGACAUCAAGCAGAGAAUAAUUGCACUCAUUGAUUUUAUUGUCAACUUUGAGAUCAAAAUGCCUGAUGUGGAUGCUUUCUUUGGAGACCUGACUUUGAGCUACCUUCCUUCCAUGCCUGAGAUUACCUUCCCAGAAAUGACUCUUCCUGAGGUCUCAUUCCCCACCAUCCCCCAAGUUCCAGUCGAAAAGCUUUUAAAGUCUCUUCAGGUUCCUGAUAUCAAGCUGCCAACCAUUCCAACUGAGCUCAUGGUCCCAUGCUUCGGUAAACUCUAUGGCGAGAUCCGAUUCCAAACUCCCAUCUACAUUGUCAAGACAUCUGCUGAGUUCCAGAACUCUACUGAGAGUGAUGUGACACCGGCAUUCACUGGAUUCCUUACUUCCCAGGCCACAUCUCCAAGUUUUGACUUUUUGAAUUACAAACUUGAUGCCACUGCUCGUCUUGCCAUCCCAAAAAUGAGCCGAGUCGUCCUUGCAGAGACUCUUAAGUUGAACCAUCUUGCUCUUGGAGUUGAACAUCAGGCAUCUGUCACUCUUUACGGUCUAUCAGGCCAGGCCCAAGCCAAAACUACAGUUAAGGUUAUUACUUCACCCUACACUGCCGACUUUAUGAACACAGCCUUUAUUGCCAUGGAAGAAGGAAUGUCCGCCUCUCUUGAUACAACUUACAACCAUCUUGUGAACCUCCCAAUUGUCAAUUUCAGAAGUGAGGCAACCGUAACUCAGAAAGCAAUUGUUCGUCAAGAUGGCUACACCAUCACUCUGACAGCUGACAAUUCAGGAAAUGGCAAAGUUAAUGAUGAAGAAGGCAACCACAAGAGCAAUUUGCAGUUGUCACUCACUCCUAGCAUUGUCACUCUCACUUUCUCUGGUGACACUGACUCCCCUAUCUUCAAGAUGAAACAGCAAAUUGCUGCUGAAUGUGGCACCCUUACAUACUUCAAGUUUACUGUCCGCAAUGAGGCAGAGGCACCAGUUAUUAAGAACAGUCUUUUCGUAGCAUCUGGACAAGGCAGCCUUUAUGAUAUGAAGGUUGAGCUGAGAGCAAACCAUGACACAGAACUGUUUGGUGCAGUCAGUGGAGUCCUGUCCAACGGAAUCAACUUUGUAGCCCGACCUGUUGAGCUGGUCUUUGAUUUCCAAAACAAAGGAAAUGUCAAGCUCAACAUUUUUGAAACUCUGACUGGUAAGAUUGACCUGCAGAAUGAUUACUCUGCUAUGUUCAAACCUGACAGCCAACAGAUGAACACCGUGGCUCUGGCUCGUCUUAAUCAGUAUAAAAUGUUCUAUAACUUCACUCUUGACAACAAUGGAAAUGAGGCUAGCGUCUUUGUUGCAAUGGACGGUGAGGCCAAUCUUGACUUCCUGACAUCCCCCAUCAGCAUUCCUGAGAUUGACCUGCCUUUUGUUGACUUCCGUACUCCAGCUAUAAGCGAUCUGAACUUGUAUGAGCAGACUGUAUUGAAGGACAUUUUGACUACCACUGAGCAGACUUUUGAUGUGGAUGCCAAGGUUGUUUACAAGAAAAGCCAAGAUGCACCCCUUGUUGACAUGAUGGGUCUGAUCAUGAUUCCCUCUGUGGGUGACCUGAUCACAGAACUGUCUUUCAAGUCAGCCAUCAUUAAUCUUAAUGCCAAUGCUGGACUGUAUACUGAUGAUGACCUUGUCUUCCGCCUGGGAGCUACCACUGCCUCUGUGUUUGACAGUCUGAAAGCCAAACUUGACGGCACCACAAGUCUGACCACCAAGAGAGGAAUCAAGUUGGCCAAUUCCCUGUCCCUCGAAAAUCCUCACAUUGAAGGCACUCAUGACAGCACUAUCUCUAUGAGCACUGAGACUUUUGAAACUGCAGUCUCUGUGGCAACUGUUGCAAAGAUUGCACUGCCUAUCCUCAACCUGGAGGCAAACCAACAACUGCUUGCAGACACCAAAACUAAACCAAAUGCAGUUUCAACCUUGAGGAUGAGAGGCGAUUUUAACAUCCCUGUGAUCAAGGCUGUUGGAAAGGCUGAGGGAGAACACAGUCUGAAGCUGGAGGGAACCUUCGAGUAUGUUUCCAUGGAGUCAUCCACUAAGGCAAACAUGGACGGCACAGUGCUCGAUGACUAUCUAGUUUUGGGAGUUCUGGAUAAUGAUGUGAAUCUGUACCUGAAUAACGAUGGCCUGCGCUCCACCUCCAAGAUUAUUGCAGAUGCUAAGCUUAACUAUGGCACCACCAAAGUCAUUGCUAUGAAUAUCAAUGAGAAUCUUGCUGUUGAAGCCUCCCUGAGCCGCGUGUAUGCAGUGCUGAAGUAUACUGGAAACAACGAGGCAGACUUGUUCAAUUUCAACACCAAUGGAAAACAUGUUGCCCAGGCGACAAUUGAUCUUGCACCAACUUCUUCCUUGACUGCUGAUAUUGAGAUUGAUAUUUCUCAGCCAAGCAACCUGGGUGACCUCACCAUCUUUGACAAGACUGUUGCUGAAGUGACAGCUGCCAAUCAGAAGAUGUCUUCCAAUUUCAAGUUUGUCAGCCCACUGUACACCACAGGCCUGGCAGUUGAAGUAGAGGGCAGUGCUCCUGUCUUCAAAAUCACCUUCAAGUCUUCUGCCACAUCUGUCAUUGUCUUCUUGGAAUAUGACCUGGAUGGUUCAACCACCACAACCUUUGAGGAUGAAGCUCUGAACAUUGUGAGCAAGAUUGUCCUGACACACGCUGACCUGACCAUGGAUGUCAACCAUGUCAUUAUGCAAGCCUUGAGUGACGCUCGUUAUACUCUGAAUGUGGACAUCACCAGCCCUACUUUCACCGAUGGGAACCUUCGUUUCGCUGCUCAAAGAGAUGGAAUCAGUGCCUCAGUAUCUACCCCCUCCACUGGAUUCCUUGGCCUUCAGUUCAGCGGCAAACUCCCUCAGAUGAGUGCAAGACUCUUUGGUCGUUAUCCUUCUGCCCCAGAGGUUGAUGUGGACAUGCUCAUCAUCAGAUCAUCUCCUAAGGAUGCUGAUAAGAUGACCCUACAGAUAGCCUACAACAUGGACGCACCCCAAGUAUUGCUGUCUGAACUCAAGACAAAACUGCCUUCUAUCAUCUCUACAUUUACAAUGUUUGCUGACAAGUACCAGCUUACAACAAAGAUGGAAGAGUUGAAGAACUUUGUUGUUAACCGCAUCACCGAGGCUUAUGAUGCCGCAAUCAACUACGAUGUCCAAAUGAGCCAGCUGUCAAUCUUCUUUAGAAACAUUAUUGUCCAGUACCAACAGACAGUCCAGGUCUUCUUGGAUGCUGUCAUCAAGGUCUUAAGAGAGACCCAAUUCAAACUGCCUGGGUCAGAUGAGAUGACUACUCUCCCUGAGGUUCUGAAGAAGCUGACUAGCAGCAUUGCUGCUAUGCUAGAUAUGGCCAUCCAGACUAUCUCUGAGAACAUGGAGGUCUACUAUAACUCCUUUGUUGAGCAGAUCAGCAGUGUCAAAUUGCGCAUGCCAGUCGGUGAUGCAAUCUCUGUAAAUGAGAUUGUCGAUCAGGUCAAAACUGCUUUCAAGAAAAUCUUUGAUGAACUGGUGGACUUUGUGAAAAAUAUGGAGAGUCUUGACACAAUGCUAGCAAAGAUUGGUGAGACUCUGAAGGCUGUUGUCGACAAAUCUCAAGAGUUUGUUGACUCUGUCAAGUCUGACUAUUUAGAUUCAGUUUUCAUUAACAUCAAUGCCCUGUAUCGUAACCUGAUCACAGCCUUAAAGAAUGUUGUUGACAAGAUCUCUGCCUUCAAUAUGGAGGAUCUGAGCAACGUUGUUAAUAACAUUAUGGAUAUGUGGAUUUAUGUAGUACGCAUGUUCAAUGAUACUGUUUCUGGUUUCCUGCAGCAAGCUUCAGAGGAGGCUCAAGCCUACGUUAAAAUUAGCGAGGGAAGGCUUGAGAUUGACCUACCAUUUCCCUUCCAACAGUGAGGAACCCUCACAGUCCAUGAAGUCCAUCUGAAACACUGCCACCUGUUCAAAACACAUGCUUGGAAGUGUGGACCAUUAGCUCUAUAGCCAUAUUUAUAACAAUGAGAUUAACAAAAACACCUGUUGCAUCAUUUUCAUUUAGAUGGUUUACUGUGUACAAAAAUUUACAUUGUUAGUUUUGCUCAAACUCAUGUUCCAACAAAGAGUGAAAAGCAUCAAUAAAAAACAUCAAUGCAA